UUUGUUGAUGUGCAGUUUCUUCGUCAGCUGCUGGUUGAUACUUCGGUUUUUAGGUCCUCUCCUGUGUACGCACAGCCGAGUUGUCGGCGCUACACUGUGUGUGGACUACAGUGGGAGUUGUUUUCGGAGAGCUGCUGGUUGUGGCCGGUGAAUUCCUGGCCACUCAUGGCAAACGAGCGGCUCCGAGCUCUGGAGGAUGUGGAGAAGGAGAUAGCGACGGUCAUGCAGUGCGCCGGUAAUAUAGUUCUUGAACUCUCCAAAGACAAGCACAACGCCAGCCUCCUGGACAGACAGCUGGUCCAGUUCCAGAGCUCCGUCAACCGGGUGGAGAACGAGCUGAGCGGCCAGAUCCGCUACCUCACACAGGUAGCUACUGGUCAACCUCACGAAGGCUCCACUUACUCAGCCAGGAAGGACUGUCAGAUGGCACUGAACCGAGCCGAGUACGCCAAAGUCAAACUGGGAGAACUGGGACGGACCUGCGAAGUCAUGCUGGAGCAGCAGCAGCAGCAGCAGCAGCAGCAACAGCAGACAUGAGACCCGAGAUCUGGAUCUGCUCCUGCACACGGUCUAACUUGCAAGAAAAAAUAGAAAAAGUUCAAUCCUCCUGGAGGGAAAAAAAGACACACCGGCAAGUCCACGCAAUGUUUGACACACUCCUACUCAAAAAGGGAUAUUAUAAAACUUGAUUUAAAGUGCUUGUAUUAUGCUCAUUUUCUUCAUAAUUGAAAAAAGAUAUACAACAAUAAAUGACAGAAUAAGCAUAAUAUGAGCACUUCAAGACAUUUAUUUACUAUUUUAUUCACACAUUAUGCUACUUUUGGGAACCCAAGACUUUUUUGAACUUAUUUCAUGCACCAACACAAUUGAGUUCAGGCAUGAUUUCAUGAGAAAUAAUGGGC